UACAAAAAAGCACAUGGACUGAUGGACUACCAUAAUUCAGACUCUGGUCCCUCUCCGUUGUUCAUGCCCCAAAACACUGUGAGCUCUCUUUCCUCUGCGUUUGUUUGUUUGGGAACACUGCAAUCAUCACUCCCCUCAAAGUAGUUAGGUCGGAACAAGAUGGUUAGAACGAAGAACAGAAGGAGGAAGGAAAAGAUUGCUGAGGAUUGGUGUUUUGUGUACAAGGAUAGAGGGCUCAUGAGGGUCUGCGAUUAUAGGGAUUGUCUUAAAGCUUAUCAUCCUCGCUGCGUGGGAAAGGAUGAUUCCUUUUUGGAGAUUGGCAGUUACUGGAGUUUUGAGUUAGGUUGAGGCUUCAUUUUGUUUGUUUAUUUUCUGAAACAAGAUGGUCAGAAAGAAGAACAAAAUGAAGAAGGAAGAGAUUGCUGAGGAUUGGUGUUUUGAGUGCAUGGAUGGAGGCAAGUUGAGGGUGUGCGAUUAUAGGGGUUGCCUUAAAGCUUAUCAUCCUGAUUGCGUGGGAAAAGAUGAUUCUUUUUUGGAGGAUAACAGUCAUUGGACUUGCCGUUCACAUUUUUGCCACCGUUGUGGUAAAACAUCUAAGUUUUGGUGUUUAUGCUGCCCAAAUGCUGUUUGUAGGAACUGCACCAAUUUGGGUGAAUUUGCUGUUGUCAAAGGGAGGAAAGGAUUUUGCAGACACUGCUCAAAACUUGCCUUUCUAAUUGAAGAAAAUGCUGGUGUUGAUUCUGAUGGGGAAAAUGUAGAUUUCAAAGAUCGAGAGACAUAUGAAUGCUUAUUCUCAGAAUAUUAUGAAAUUAUUAAAAAAAAAGAAGGGCUGAAUUCUCAACACGUACAGUCUGCCCGUAACUUCUUGAAGAAUAGCAAAAACAAGAGUGAUUUGGAUCUAGAUGAAAUAGCUGAAGUGGAAGGUGAUAGUGGAGAAUCUGAAGAUGGGAGUGACUUUGAAGUUUCUGAAAAGACUCAGAACUGCCUUGCUGCCAUAGUUAGUUCAAACCUCAAGCUUGUCUACUUAAAGCGGAGCUUAUUGGAGGAGCUUUUGAAGCAACCGGAAAAUUUUGACAGCAAAGUGUGUGGAAGUUUUGUAAGAAUAAAGUCUGACCCGAAUAACAACUUACAGAAGAACUCACAUCUGCUCGUACAAGUAAAAGGAAUAAACAGAUCUUCACAGAAUGAUGAAAACAACAAGGAAAUUCUUCUCCAGCUUUCUCACGUGCCAAAAGAUGUACCUAUCUGCAAAAUUUCAGAUGAUGAUUUUACUGAGGAAGAGUGUCAAGAUCUGUAUCAGAGAAUGAGAAAUGGUCUGCUCAAACAGCCAACUAAACUGGAGCUUGAGCAGAAAGCCCGAAGUCUGCAUGAAGAUAUAAUAAAGCAUUGGAUUCCAAGGGAGUUAGCAUUUUUACAAAAUCGCAUUGAUUGGGCCAAUGAAAAGAGACAGAGGAGGAAACUUUCUGAAUACUUGGACAAAAGAACAGAACUUGAGAAUCAACAGGAACAAGCACGUUUGUUAAGGAACAUUCCGAGAGUAAUUCCUGAAGAUAAGCUUGACUCUGAUGGAUGCUCUUCCAAACACAAUGGUUUAGGUCAAUGUCCGAAUAAAAGAGCAGAUAUUGCGGGUUUGCCAGUUGAGAACGACAUUGAUCCAUCUGACUUGAUGACUCAAAUCCUAGCAAUUCAGGAGCAACGUAAACAAAAAGUUGAUCAUGAUGUUGAGCAAGCCAAGGAUCAAGAAAACGACCUGACCACCCUUGUUGCUGAUGGAACUGGCAAGCAACAUGGAGCCCCUGAUUCUGGAGCUACUGAUAUCAGAAGGUUAACUACUAAGCUCACUGAUGCUGAGCAAGAGAGGGAUAAGCUGGCAGAGAAGGUGGGAAUUCUUGAAGAAGAAGUUGUCAGCUUAAAGACUAAGUGUUCUACUGCUGAAGCUUUUGCGACCUCUGCUGCUGCUGCUUUUGAAGAGAAGAAGAAGGAAGCUGAAAUCCUCCUUGAAAAGAAUGAAAGUGCCGAAAGUUCUCUCGAGGCAAAGAAGAAAGAAGUUGAUAAUCUCAAAUCUUUACUUCUUAGGGCGGCGGAAGGAGCUUUUGACAAUGCAGUCAAUCAGCUCAGAAUUCUUAAUCCCGGACUCAAUAUUGAAGGAGCUGCUUCCAAUAGGGUUGCUCGGGAAGGACAAAUUUGUCAUGUUAAGGAAGGAAAAUUCAUUCCUUGCCCAGAUGUCCAUCCUCCUGAGUGAUAUUUAUUUCCUGUUUUUUUUAGUAAUGACUAUUUUGACUUUGAUAUGGUUGUUUUUUUAGAAUUUCUCGAAUUAUUGAUGUUUUCAUUUCCGUGACUUAGACUUAUUUAAAUUUCAAGUCUUCGAGAAACAAAUAAUAUGUCUUAUGUUAAGAAGGGAAUCUUUCACUAUAUAUUAUUAUUUCCUUUUAUAUGAUGAAUUUAUUCGGAA